CAAUGCUUCCGGGUUGGCGUUGCGGUGCCGCUUCCGACUGUGGGAGCCGCGGCUUCCCAGUCGUCCGCUGAGCCUGAGCAGCUGAGUCCCUUCCCUGUCUUUCACUCUUCUGGCAUCGGUGGUUUUACUUCUUCGAUUGAACCCUGCUUCCUCGACCCCCUUGGGAGGCCGCCUUCUUCAGGCGCCUCCCUUCUCUCCACGAACUCGCUCUGACAGCUGAGGAACUGGCAAGAUCCUGCUACCCAGAGGGUGAAUGGGUAUCUUUCCUGGAAUAAUCCUAAUUUUUCUAAGGGUGAAGUUUGCAACGGCGGCCGUGAUUGUAAGCGGACCCCAGAAAAGUGCCACUGUAAGCCAUGAGAUGUCUGGUCUGAAUUGGAAACCCUUUGUAUAUGGCGGCCUUGCCUCUAUUGUUGCUGAGUUUGGAACUUUCCCUGUGGACCUGACCAAAACACGUCUUCAAGUACAGGGCCAAAGCAUUGAUGUCCGUUUUAAAGAGAUAAAAUACCGAGGAAUGUUUCAUGCCUUGUUCCGAAUCUAUAAAGAAGAAGGUGUAUUGGCUUUGUAUUCUGGAAUUGCUCCUGCUUUACUAAGACAAGCAUCAUAUGGUACCAUCAAAAUUGGCAUUUACCAAAGUUUGAAGAGAUUAUUUGUAGAACGUCUAGAGGAUGAAACUCUUCUAAUUAAUAUGAUCUGUGGGGUAGUGUCUGGAGUGAUAUCUUCCGCUAUAGCCAAUCCCACUGAUGUGCUAAAGAUUCGAAUGCAGGCUCAAGGAAGUCUGUUCCAAGGCAGCAUGAUUGGCAGCUUCAUCGAUAUAUACCAGCAAGAAGGUGCUAGGGGUCUGUGGAGGGGUGUCGUCCCAACUGCUCAGCGGGCUGCCAUCGUUGUGGGCGUGGAGUUACCAGUCUAUGAUAUUACAAAGAAGCACUUGAUAUUGUCAGGGGUGAUGGGAGACACAAUUUUAACUCACUUUGUUUCCAGCUUUACAUGUGGCUUGGCUGGUGCUCUGGCUUCCAAUCCAGUUGAUGUGGUUCGAACUCGCAUGAUGAACCAGAGGGCAAUCGUGGGACAUGUAGACCUUUACAAGGGUACUUUGGAUGGUAUUUUAAAGAUGUGGAAACAUGAGGGAUUUUUUGCACUCUAUAAAGGAUUUUGGCCAAACUGGCUUCGACUUGGACCCUGGAACAUCAUUUUUUUUAUUACAUAUGAGCAGCUCAAGAGGCUUCAGAUCUAAGAACUGAAUUAUACGUGAGCCAAGCCCUGCCAGUGUUUCUACUUUUUCCCCUUUUUCCGUGUUCUAUUGUAUUUUGACAAAGUUGUUUAAUGAACCAUAGGUCUCCCAAGGACCUCCUGAUGGAAGAACUACAGGAUGCUUCAAAAUUGUUCAUGUGUUUGUGUUACCAUGUUAACUUUUCCCUGAGAGGAAGUGUUAACAUUAAGACUCUGGCCCCAGAUUGGUAUCUUCUAUGAAGAUGGAUACUGAUAGAUGACAUCAAAAUGACCUUCUUUUCAAAUGUGGGUUAAAUGUAAUUGGUUAGCCCAAACUUAGGCUAGAGCAGAAGGCAUAGGCCAGGGCAGUUACUGCUAUGUAUGUUAUAGACCUUGGUUCUCAUUAAAGUAUUUAUUGGCAGAAUCAC